UGACAGGUCGACCACAUCGACCACAAAGGAUCCCACCGGGUGAAAAACCGCCGGUGAAGGUUUCGCGUUUUCUGCCAGGUAACCGCGUGCAGCUUGCGAGUGAGUGGUUGUUGCAGGUUGAGGUGUUUUUCUUUGAUCUUCCGUGCCGAUUCCUUUUUUUGGUCCUGCCGUCAUUUGCAGUGCUCAAAGAGGGUUUUCACGGAUAGAUUGAUCCCAGUUUUCUCGAACUUCAAGAUGCCUGUGGGUAUGGGAAUCAACGGCUUCGGCCGCAUCGGACGAUUGGUCUUCCGUGCUGCAUCCUCCAACCCUGAUGCCGAGGUGAAGGCCAUCAACGACCCCUUCAUGGAUCUCGAUUACAUGGUCUACCAGCUGAAGUAUGAUAGCGUGCACAAGACCUUCGGAGGCACCAUUGCAGCCAGGAAAGAUGGUGGAAAGGAGUUCCUAGUGGUGAAUGGCAAAGACAUUGCCGUGUUCCACGAGAAGGACCCCGCCUCGAUCAAGUGGGGCGAGAGUGGAGCGGAGUACGUCUGUGAGUCCACAGGCAUUUUCACCACCCAGGAGAAGGCCUCGCUGCACAUCGGUGGCGGCGCCAAGAAGGUCAUCAUCUCGGCGCCUCCCAAGGAUUCCGUCCCAAUGUACGUCAUGGGCGUGAACCAUGAGCAGUACAAGAGCUCCGACACAGUGGUCUCCAACGCCUCCUGCACCACGAACUGCCUGGCGCCCUUGACCAAGGUGGUUCACGAGAACUUCGGCAUUAUUGAGGGCUUGAUGACCACUGUCCAUGCCAUGACCGCCACGCAGCUCACCGUGGAUGGUCCCUCUCGUGGUGGCAAGGACUGGCGAGGAGGCCGAUGCGCCUCGCAGAACAUCAUCCCCUCCUCCACUGGAGCGGCCAAGGCAGUUGGCAAGGUCAUCCCCGCGAUGAACGGAAAGCUGACUGGUAUGGCCUUCCGCGUGCCCACGCCGGACGUCUCGGUGGUGGAUUUGACCUGCCGCUUGGAGAAGCCGGCCAAGUACGAGGACAUCGUCAAGGCCAUCAAGGACGCUGCCGCCGGCCCCAUGAAGGGCGUCCUGGAUUGGACCGACGAGGAGGUCGUCUCCACCGAUUUUGUGACCUGCAAGGCUUCCUCGAUCUUCGAUGAAAAGGCAGGCAUCUCCUUGAAUGACAACUUUGUGAAGCUGGUGAGCUGGUACGACAACGAAUGGGGCUACUCGAACCGCCUCGUGGAGCUCGCCAUCCACAUGAAGAAGGUGGACGGCUGAGGUGGCCGUGUCGAUUUGAACUUCGAGUCCCAGCCGAUCUGGUCCAGAGCGAAGCCAUCCUCGCUGGUUGAAGUGUUGAGCGCCCUAGCACGCCAUCCUCCAACGUGGACUCAUGUUGUGUCCUUUGUUUUGGCUCCCUUUUUGCACGACCGAGCGCCCUCUUCCGCUCAUGGUGGCCAGCGCUGUGAACUUCUGCGUAGUGACUCGUAGUGACUGAGACCUUGGGCAAAGUCAGGGGUCUCUGUCAGCCACGUUGCUCGCCGUCAGUGGGAUGGUGAUUGGAAC